AUGCUGAGCGACGAGUUAGCAAGCCAUCAAAAGAAGGGUUCGAAACAACGGUUAAAAGACUUAUUUUUGAGCUCUUCUCAUAAGGAUGUCUCGCGUAGCUCAACCAAUAGUACGGGAAGUACUGAAAAUCCUUCUAAUUUCUCCAACCAUCGCAGUUUUUUGAAAACCCGAGGGGGCCAUUCGGGUGCCUCUCUAUCUAGUUUGAGCACUCAAAGCUCUGGGGGGAGGAAAAGUGACCAUGAUGGGUCAGCUGAACACUAUGCCAAUUCCUCUUAUACCGCAAGUAAUAUUACGUCUUCACCUGUGGUGAGUCACACGAGUGGGCGCUCAGACGACAAUGUUGAAUUGAAUUCGAGUGUCCAGGAGACUGAUUCAGAUUCUAAGAACAAAUCAAAAGAUAGCUUGUCAACAGCAGAAUAUUCACAAUAUUCAAGUGAUAAGAAACAAGAAGAUGUAUCCGGUAGUAAGGAAAAACUGGGAAAUCGACACCAUCACAGUCAUUUGUCAUUGAAGCGAUUUCUCAAGAAGAUCAAACAUAAAGAUGUACAUUCACCCAUAAAACCAAAGAAUCACUCUAUUUUACCACUGCAUUCAUCUUCGGAUGUAUUUCAGAAGUAUGGCCCAGUUGGAAAGUUGUUGGGAUCGGGGGCAAGUGGUUCCGUAAAUUUGGUUACUUUGAAAGGUGAUCCAACGAAAAUAUUUGCUAUUAAGAAGUUCAGAUCUAAGUUACCCAAUGAAUCUGAAAGAGACUAUAAGACAAAAGUAACUAAUGAAUAUAAAAUUGGCGAAUAUUUAAAACAUCAAAAUCUUAUUCACACUUAUGAGUUAAUAAAAGAAGGUUAUGGAAAGCCCUUCUCAGAACAUGAAUACUAUAUAAUAAUGGAAUAUUGUCCUUAUGAUUUUUUCAAUUUAGUCAUGUCGGGGCUAAUGGAUCAGAAUGAAAUUAACUGUUAUUUCAAACAAAUUAUUAAUGGCGUUGCAUUUUUGCAUCAAAAUGGGUUAGCUCAUAGAGAUUUGAAGCUCGAUAAUUGCGUGGUGGAUUCUAACGGUAUUUUAAAGCUAAUAGAUUUUGGUUCCGCGGUACAAUAUAUGAAAGACUUGACUGAAAAUACAAGAAAGGAAGACAUUAUAGAUGACAAGCAUAGAUUGGUUAGAGCAAAAGGGAUUGUGGGCUCCGACCCUUAUUUGGCAUAUGAGGUCUUUCAACUGACAAACUUUGGAUAUGAUCCUCGAUUAGUUGAUGUCUGGUCAAUUGCGAUAAUAUAUUGUUGUAUGGUCCUAAGAAGAUUUCCAUGGAAAAUACCCAAGGCUAGCGAUCCUUCUUUCAAAUCAUUUGCGGAAUUACCAGACCCGAAAUCUGAAAAUGAACUGAAGCCAGCGAAUAAGGGAGCAAACGAUUUGAAGACAGGGGUCCCAAAUGGCGAUACACACCACGGCUCAACCAAGAGAAAUGGCUCUCGACCAAAUAGGGGUCCAGAUAGACUUCUCUAUCUUCUCCCUGAAGAAUCUCGUUCUAUGAUCAAAAGCAUGCUAACUUUGGACCCCAAUUCAAGGCCAUUUGCACCAGAACUAUUGAAAUAUGACUUUUACAACUCAAUUGAUUACUGCCACUACGACAAUCAUGAUAUCAAUAAUAGAGAGUGCUUUAAGGCUACAAAUCACCAACAUCAUUUAAUCACGGAAGAAGAGUUACAGAAAAUCAACGCCGAGAAAGAGCGUACCAAGAAACUUAAACAAGCCGGUGUUGCUUAG